AAAUGCAGAGCAGGAAAUGCUUCCGUGUUCAGAGUGGGCGGCUUUCGUCGCGUAAACUGCGCAGCGACCGGCGCUUGGGUGAGUUUGACGUGGCACUCGGCUUGUACUGGGAGCCACAGAGGAAAGGACUGUGCCCCGCACUCAGGUUGCUGCACUCAUUCAUCCUGGCAUGAGAAGACAGUGACAAGGUUCCCGUCAAAAUGAGUCAACAGGGUUAUGUUGCUACGCCUCCGUACUCCCAGGCCCAGCCCGGCAUGGGGGGCUACCAGGGCGGCUUUGGUCCCGGUCCUGCACAGCCCCUCUAUGGCCACUACGGAGGACCUGCUCAGGCAUUCACCGCUCCACCAACAGGUUUGAUGAAAUCACCCGUUACCUCUGCUGCUGGGAUGCCUCCACCUCCAGCAUCCAGUCAGUACAAUCCAAACGUCCAGCAGAAUGGUGCUCAUCCACAAAGAUACCCAGUGCCACCAGUUGUGUCUUCGACUUACGGUCAGCCUCCACAACCACCAUACAACAGCAUGGCAUCACCUGGCCCGCCUCCAGCGCAGCAGCUCACCAAUCAGAUGAGUGCCAUGAACUUGGGGAACUAUGGCCAAGCCUCCAUGCAGAGCCCUCCUCCUCCAGCCAGCACUGUAGCCCAGCAGCCUUUCCAGGCACCACCUCCGGUGGGCCAUCCACAGAUGCUUCCAGGCCUGCAGUCGCCCCACAUGUCCCCUCAGAUGCCUCCACCCCAGUCCCCUCAGGCGAGCAUGUCCAUGACAGGCCAACCUAUGGCAGCCCCGCCCAUGGGAGGCAUGGGGAGACCCUUCCCUGGGGCACCUCCUCCAGGCCUCGGAGGUUUCCAGCAGCCAGGUCCCGGAGUUGCUGGUCCACAAGGAUACCCACAGCAAGCAGGUCAGUUCGGGGGACCCAUGGCUGGGCCCCAACCAGGCAUGCCUGGGGCCUUUCCUGGUGCACCAGCACCAAUGGCUGGCCCGCCACAGAAGAAAUUGGACCCUGACUCAAUUCCAAGCAUAACCCAAGUCAUUGAAGAUGACCAAGUAAAACACGGAGGGCAGGUCUACAGCACAAACAUCAGAGGACAAGUCCCACCUUUGGUCACAACUGACUUUACAGUACAGGACCAAGGCAAUGCCAGUCCCAGGUUCAUACGCUCCACCACCUACACUCUGCCCUGCACCGCUGAUCUGGCCAAACAGUGCCAAGUGCCUCUGGCUUCCAUCAUCAGACCCUUUGCCAGUUUGCCAAAGAAUGAGGCUCCCCUGUAUGUGGUGAACCACGGUGAGACCGGCCCCAUCCGCUGCAAUCGAUGCAAAGCCUACAUGUGUCCAUACAUGCAGUUCAUUGACGGCGGCCGUCGGUACCAGUGCGGCUUCUGCAACUGUGUCAGUGAAGUGCCUGCCUUCUAUUUCCAACAUCUUGACCACAUGGGUCGGAGAGUGGACUUCUACGAGAGGCCUGAGCUGUCAGUUGGAUCCUAUGAGUUUGUAGCCACGCUGGAUUAUUGCAAGAACAACAAGCCUCCGAAUCCUCCCGCCUAUAUCUUUAUGAUUGAUGUGUCCUACAACAACGUAAAGAGUGGGCUGGUCAAACUCAUAUGUGACGAGCUGAAGACUCUGCUGGAGAAGCUGCCAAGAGAGGAAGGAGCGGAGAGCUCUGCCGUCAAGGUCGGCUUCGUCACCUACAACAAGAUCCUCCACUUCUACAACGUGAAGAGCACGUUAGCGCAGCCUCAGAUGAUGGUGGUGUCGGACACGGCCGAGAUGUUCGUCCCGCUGCUCGACGGCUUCCUCGUCAACUACCAGGACUCCAGGGCAGUUAUCUACAACCUCCUGGACCAGAUCCCUGACAUGUUUGCAGACACCAACGAGAGCGAAACGGUCUUUGCCCCCGUCAUCCAGGCCGGUUUGGAGGCAUUUAAGGCGGCAGAAUGUAGCGGGAAGCUCUUUGUCUUCCACUCGUCCAUGCCCACAGCCGAGGCUCCUGGCAAGCUGAAGAACAGGGACGACAAAAAGCUGAUCAACACAGAAAAAGAGAAAACCCUGUUCCAGCCCCAGAAAGGCGUCUACGAGCAGCUGUCCAAGGACUGUGUGGUGCAGGGCUGCUGUGUGGAUCUCUUCCUUUUUCCCAGUCAGUACGUUGACUUGGCAACGAUGGCCGAUGUGCCCUCGCACACCGGAGGCUCCGUCUACAAGUACAACAACUUCCAGGUGGAGACUGAUGGGGAGCAUUUCCUCAGAGACCUGAGGAAAGAUGUGCAGAAGAGCAUCGGGUUCGACGCCAUCAUGCGCGUCCGUACCAGCACCGGCUUUAGAGCCACAGACUUCUUCGGUGCCAUCCACAUGAACAACACCACAGAUGUAGAAAUGGCAGCUGUGGACUGUGACAAGGCCCUGACAGUUGAAUACAAGCACGACGACGCGCUCAGCGAGGAGACGGGGGCGUUCAUUCAGUGCGCCUUGCUGUACACCACUGUCAACGGCCAGCGACGCCUGCGCAUCCACAACCUCAGCCUGAACUGCAGCUCGCAGCUGCUGGAGCUGUACAAGAGCUGUGAGACCGACUCGCUCAUCAACUUCUUUGCCAAAACAGCCUACCGUGCCAUAUUGAACCAGCCUCUGAAGAAUGUCCGCGAGAUCCUGGUCAACCAGACGGCCCACAUGUUGGCCUGCUACAGGAAGAACUGUGCCAGCCCCUCUGCAGCCAGCCAGCUGAUUCUGCCUGAUGCCAUGAAGGUGUUCCCAGUCUACAUGAACAGCCUGAUGAAAACUGCUCCGCUGAUGGGCAGCACCGAGCUCUCCACAGACGACCGAGCCCAUCAGAGGCUGUCCGUCAUGGGCAUGGGGGUGGAGGACACCCAGCUGCUACUCUACCCCCGUCUCAUCCCACUGCACAACAUGGACGCUAGCAGCGAGGCCCUGCCUGCUCCAGUGCGCUGCUCAGAGGAGCGUCUCGCAGACUCAGGCAUGUUCCUGCUGGAGAACGGCCACUCCAUGUUCCUGUGGCUGGGUCAGGCGAGCCCACCAGAACUGGUCCAGAGCAUGUUCAACCUGCCGUCUCUCGCCCACCUGCAAGGACACGUGCCUGCGCUGCCGGAGCUUGACAAUCCAUUAUCGAAGAAGGUCAGAUCCAUCAUCAGCGCUCUGCUCGAGAAGAGGCCGAACUCCAUGAAGCUCCAAAUCGUGAGGCAGAGGGACAAGCCAGAGGUUUUGUUCCGUCAGUUCCUGGUGGAAGAUAAAAGUUUGCAUGGCGGCUCCUCCUACAUGGACUUCCUUUGCUACGUUCACAGAGAGAUCAGGCAGUUGCUCACCUAACCCCCCCCCCCCGGUGCCUGGUCUCGGGGCUCACAGCCAGACUGGCCCAGGAAGAAACGGACAACGCACAAAUGCCACAGGGUCGGUCUCAGGAGGAGGCUUCAUUUCAAUUUAAGGAUGAUGCACAGAGUCAGAAGUCAGAGUGUCAGAGAAAAGGUCGUCUCAUAUCAACAGCCCAGAGUUGCCUUGAUCAUCAUCUAGUAAACACAGUAUGAGCUUCAAAUAACCACUUGUACGGUGAGGAGCAGCCGAGUGCAUCCAGCAUUUCCUGCACCGGUACUUUGAUGGCAGAGACCAGACUGACACUAGUGUCUGAGGCUAACAUGCAUUCGUAUGAAGCCCUAUGACAUAAGCAAUACAGCAUCACUCCUCUGUGUAGUCAGUCGGAUCAUUUUCAUCUACAGACUUUAUCCAAGACAAGAGGUUAUUUGGAAGAAUACAGAGUUUUAAUUUAAGUAAGUUUUCUAAUAUUUAAACAGUUUGAUCAAACUCUCUGUGGUUAUGAAACUGUACCAGAGUAAACAUUCCAGCAGCGUAUCCACCUUAAUCCAGGUUUUUACAGAAACAAUGCUGAAAUAAAAGUCCCCUCUUUGUCAGGACUGAGGAUUCUUCCUGUCAACACACCGUGAGUAAUUCAAAGCUCUUGAUUUGCACAUGCUCCCACCAACAUUCAGAUUCUUUGACCAUUUAUGGCUAAAGGUUUAAUGUUCAUAAUGUGCAGUGACGCAGCAAAGGUUUGGUUGUGGUGUUCUGGGGAUUCAGUGGAAUCAAAACAGCUGUUGCUACAUUUUUCUACAGUGGACGAGGGAGGAUUAGUACUUUAAACAUUAAAACAGCUGUUUAAGGGAUGACUUCUUUAUUGUGUUCUGAGAAAAGGAAGCGCUGCUAAUGACACUGGGAGGCACCAGGAGGAAGAGGUUUUGGAACAACAAUAAAAGCUCUUUAGCAUCUCAAACAACAGUAACAGAGCAAGAGAAAACACUAUGAUUUGUUCUUUUGGGAGUUCAGGGCAAAUAAACAAGAGAAGCCAGAUGUGUGUAAACCUGAAGAGACAGCAGCUCACCAAGUAUAUUAAAGUACUCCAAAUGUUCUAAGUGAUAAUGUAAUAAUCCAUGGGUCCAUGUACAGUACCGUCCUGCAUCGCCUUGUUUCUUUUUAUAGCAGUUAUCAUUUAUCAGUUCAUACAGACUCUACAACCUUUCCUACGCGAAAGCGACGUGUUUUCGUACGUGACCUGUUUUUCUUUAACUGUUAUUUUAAGCCUGAUGGGAAUAUAAUAGUUGUUAAACUGUGUCAAAAUAUAUGCGUCCAUGGCUGAUUUCAGUGUGUCUUGUAUGCAAAUUUUUCUCAGGUAAUUUAAGUACCGUAGUAUUUUAUGUUGGGACCACAGAUGUCUGGUUUUUUAGAGUAACCUUGUGGAAAUGUAUGGGCUUCAAACCUUAAAGCAUUAUCUAAUUAAAUCCUUAAUCAUUGA